UUGUUUUUGUUGUUUUCGUUUCGCAGGCCGCAGUGUUUAUCCGAGUCUGUGUUGUGGUCUGUGGACGAAGUUUUCGGUUACUUUAUUCCGUUUUCGUUUCAACCUACCGUUCAAAUCCGCUGCAGUUUUGGUUCGUUGACGACCAGAUUGGUUCAAAUUUUUUUUUUCGUGAAUACCCGCUAGUACCGUUGACCGAGAAAACCUUUGCUUAUCUAGGUCCCGUCGGUGACCUAAUAAAUAUAAAUAGAGAAAAUUUUUUAGCCCAAUGGCGGUGACGAUCCUGGGUAGACGCGAACGCGUUUCGGUAACGACGUUAUGAUGAUCACAUUGACGACAAUAUGCAAUCUUGUAAGCCGAAGGUCACCGACCUAAAUCCACAUCUGCUAUGUGUUUUAUGCGGUGGAUACUUCGUGGACGCCACGACGGUGAUCGAAUGUCUGCACUCCUUUUGUCGAAGUUGUAUUGUCAAGUAUCUCGAACGCAACAAAUAUUGUCCAAUAUGCGAUGUAUUAGUUCACAAAUCAAAACCUUUAACAAAUAUCCGGCCAGACCACACCUUACAAAAUAUUGUUUAUAAACUUGUCCCGCGUUUAUUUCAAAAGGAAAUGAUAAUGAGAAAAGAAUUUUACAAUCGAAACAAAGUGUAUUUACCCAAGGACCCAAUGAGUCGUGGUGUAGUACCUGAUGACUAUCAUAUAUUUGCUGCCAAUGAUGCAAUCAGUAUAUGUCUUUAUUACGAAUGCGAAAAAAUUGAUAAAAAAAACAUACAAGAAAAACAUAAACGAUAUCUGUGGUGUCCUGCAUCAUUGACAGUUAUAAAUUUAAAAAAAUUAGUUUACAUUAAAUAUGAAUUAAUACCAACUGAUCAUCUUGUUGAGUUCUUCUACCAGAAUUAUUUAUUAGAUGAUCACUUAACUUUAAUGGAUGUUGUUUACAUGUUUGAUUGGAAAAGGAAAGAUCCACUUACAAUGACUUAUCGAAUUCUUAAAAUUGAAACUGAACCUCUUUUAAACGAUGAAAUUUCAAAAGAAGAAAAUACAGUAGAAUCUAAAAAAGAUGAUGAAAAAUCUGAAGAAAAACAAAACAAUUUGCAACAAAAUGUAGUCAAUACAGAGAUAUGCAUUGAAGAAGUAUUACCAAAAAAAGAUGAAAAAGUAAUGGUCAUUGACAAAAUAACAGAUUCUAAAGAAGUACAAUUGGAAAUAAGUGAAAAUGGUAUCAUGAAAGUAACAAAUAUUAACCAGAGUAGAGAAACAAUACAAGCUAAUGUCACUAUAGAGCCUACUGAAAUAGUUAAAAAUGAAAAUCCAUCUAAAUCUAGUGAUCUAAACGAUGAAAAAGAUGAUGAUAAAAAAAAAGCUUUAAAAGUAUACCCUGGGUCUAAGAUAAAAAAGACUAAACCAAAAUUAGAUACCAUUGUUGAAAAGAUCAAAAAGCAAGGAACCAAAUAUAAGACAUUAACAUCCCCGACAAAACAUUGGAAUCCAAGUAUAUCAAAAACUUCAGUUUUAGCCAAAAAGAAAGAAAUAAAUGGUAUUGAUAAAAAGGGUCAAAAAUUUUUCAAAUCAAGAGAUGAUAAAAAAGAUGAUGAUAAGGCUGAAGAUAGUUUGAAGAGGUUAGCUGAAGUGCCUCUAAUGAAAAUUAAUCCUCAAACAUUGUGUCCAAUUAUGCCUUCUUCUCCAGCUAAAAAACCUAAAAAACCUAUUCCUAAAAAAAAUACAUUAGCUCAUUCUUUAGCUCUACUACCUGUUCGACCAACAAACCAUAAUCCAUUUACCAACCCAUUAAAUCCAUUUAUGUAUGGAUCGUUUCCAAAUAAUUCAAAUGGAGAUCCAGGAGAUACAAAUGAUUUUCUUAAAGCUAUGUCUGAGUUAUGUCCACCAUCUUCAGCUUAUCACAAUUCUUUGCCACCGUCAGUUAGUGUACUUUUUAACCCCUUAUAUACUCAUCAUAGACAAUGUCAGGCAAAAAAGGCUACUUUGGCUGUACCUCAAUCACUCGAUGUACAUAAAUUACCUGCCAAUAAAAUUGAAGAAAAAUCUGAAUCGAAAGAAGAUAAAACCAAUGAAAAAGGUAAUGAUAAAGACGAGUGUACUAAUAAUAAUAAAGGUGAAGAAAAAAUGGAAGUUGAGAAAGAAAUAGAAAAGGGAAAAACUUAAAACAUUAACUUCUUGAUAACUCAAAACUAAAUAUUGAAACCUAUAUAACUAGAAUCCUUAGAUUGGUAGAGAUAAAAAUACUUUUAAAAUUUUUGAAAGUGUUAUAUCAAAAUAUUGACAUAUUUUGAUAUAUUAACUUUUCCAAACCUAAUGCAAAGUUAUUGUGUUCAAUUAUUUUCCAGAUACUCUGUAUACAGUUUACACAAUGUUUCUAAAGAUUUUUUUUUUUUUACUUCUGAGUUUUGAGCUAAUAAGAUUUCAAUGUAGUUAAGUAUGAUUGUUUUUCUACCAUCUGCUUUUAUGGUUAAUAGUUUUAUCCAUGACAAUAUUCUUUGAAACAUUUAUAUGGAAAUUUGAAAUUUAUUUGUGAUUAAAUCACUAUAGGAGGACAUGGUUGACCGUUUUCUUAAAAUGUGAUUGAAUUUUUUUAUACCAUAUUUUUUAAACUGUUUAGUGUAAUUGUAAUGAUUUAAUCACAUUUAAAUAUAUCAAAGGUAAUCUUCCUUUACCCUUUACAUUAUUUAUAUACAUUAAUAUUUUAAACACUGUCUUGAGCAUCUUAUCUAGCCCUUAUUCAGGUUUAAAUUAAUGGAAAUAAUAGUUAUUAAUAGGGAAUGCAUUUUUAUGCAUAAAAAAU